UAGCCCGCCUGGCCCCGCAGGCUCGGCUGCCCAUCACGUGCGCCCAAGUCCUCGCGGCCGGCGGCGCUGUUCCCGCGGUCAAGGCUGUUGAUGGAGAAGUGGGCGGAUGACAGCCGGGACCGUGGUCAUCACCGGGGGCAUCUUGGCGACUGUGAUUCUGCUCUGCAUCAUUGCCGUUCUCUGCUACUGUCGGCUCCAGUACUACUGUUGCAAGAAGGACGAGGCGGAGGAGGACGAGGAGGAGCCGGACUUCGCCGUGCACACGCACGUGCCGCCCCUGCACUCCAACCGCAACCUGGUGCUGACCAACGGGCCGGCGCUCUACCCCGCCGCCUCCACCUCCUUCAGCCAGAAGUCGCCACAGGCCCGAGCCCUCUGCCGCAGCUGCUCCCACUGCGAGCCGCCCGCCUUCUUCCUGCAGGAGCCGGACGACGAUGAGGCCGAGGAGGGUGUGCGCAACGGAGGGGGCCGCGUGGCCUACAGGAGCAUCAGCCAAGAAGACGUGGAGCUGCCGCCCGGGGGUUUUGGGGGCCUGCAGCCGCUCAAUCCCAACCGCCUGUCGGCCAUGCGAGAGGCCUUCUCACGGAGCCGCAGCGUCAGCACCGACGUGUGACCCUGUGACCAGUGCCCGCAGCAUGCGGUCACCCUGCCCCGGGAGGCCUUGAGGCCAUGGCAGGAUGCCUGUGUGGCCCACCCCCGGCCCCAGGCCCGGGCCAGGGCUCUGCCAAGUCAUCCUCCUGUCCCCAUCCCUGUCCCCGGGGGGCCCAGGUGUGGGGAUAAGACUCCAUGAAUGCAGGUGUGGCCAAUGCGGGUAGGGAUGGCUGGGCAGAAUGGGCAGCAAGCCUGGCACAGGGACAAGCAAGCGGGGGUGAAGAGAGCUGCUUGGGGCUGGGCCCUGGCAUGGGCCAUUUUCAAGGGAUGCGGGACAGCAGUAUGGCCCUUGCAGUCACUCCCAUCCCGGCCUUGACCUUCUUACCUUUUCUAGGAGGGUGAUCUCAGUGAUGCCAGAGCCCCGAUUGCAGAUGGAGGGCUCUGCACCGGCAGCCUGAGCUCCGCCCCUUCCUCUGUCUGUCUGUCUGUCUCUCUGUCUGUCUGUCUCUCUCUCUGCCACACACCUGCUGGGCCUGAGAUGCCCAUGUACUGAGCUCCCUACAGCUGGACAGCUCCCCCCACAAGCACAAGGGCAAGUCUCGGGCAACAGGGCCCUUGGCACAAGCAGGCGCUGGAGAGGGAGACCCUACUUGGGGCGGGGCUUGGCCCUAAACCCAGAGGCAGCCAGGCAGAGGUGGGCAGGUCGAUGGCCUGGGUUUCAAAGCCCCCAGUGCACUGAGAUUUGAACAGGCCUUUGCAGCUCUGGGCCUCCACGCCCCUGCAUGUGAGAAGGGCGCUGGCCUCAGGGUCCUCCCGGCUCUGGCUGUCGGCAGCAGCAGCAGAGGUCCAGGGGAGACAGAGCAAGGGGUCACCUGGCUUCCACGUGCUUCCUGCUUGGAGCGAGGCCCCAGCCCAGCCCUACUCAGUGCCCGGCAGGACCUGGCUGCCCCACCUGGAGGCCUCCCUGUGCCUGCGUCCAUGGGCUGCAGCCCAGGCUCCCUGAGAACUCUGAACUCUCCCCUGCCUCCUUGAUGGCCAAGAUGCCGCAGACCACCCCAGGGAGGUGCCCCAGCCAGGGCACUGUUGUUGGAGCACAGUGCUGUCUGCCCAGAGAGGAUGUGGGCCCAGAGAGCCCUCCUCUCGGGCACCCCCUCCCCUGCCUGGAGCCCGGGAUGGGCAAGCACACCCAAAAAGGUGCGGCUGUCCAGACCGGUGGUGUGGAAUCACCAGCCCUUUUCUUCCUCCUCAUCCUCCUGCCUGCCCAGUCUGGAUUACCAGGAGAUUCGCUUCACUGAGCCUGGUCCUUCCCUUCCCCCCUCCCCCUAUGGAUCCCCACCAUUGGCAUCAACAGGGGGCCCUGCCUGUCCGGCCUCUGCCCCCUGGGUACAGACCCACAGGUCCGUUUGAAAUGAACUAAACGUGCGUCCCUCCCAGCUCACCCAUCGGCACACCCUGGGGCCCACUGGGAGGCCAUGGGGCUCCUAGAGCAAAGCAAAAGUCAAUAAACCUGUUUCCCACA